UAUUUUCAAAUAAAUUUAGAAUACAUUUUUUAUUUUUAUAACUAUCGAUCAUUACCUUAAAAAACUAAUUAGAUCGCGUUCUGCUCUAUUUUAUGUAAAAUAUAUACCAAGGCCCAAAUAAAAAUAAAUUAAUAAUAAAAUCAAUAAUCAAAUGAAAUCACGUGCAUUAAAAUUGUAUACUAAAGUUAUCGCGGAAAUAUUUGUGUCUACUAAAAUAAAUAAAACAGUCUUUCUUAGCAAUGGUCUCGGCAAAACGUGGUCUAAUAGCAACAACACUGCUAAUAGCGCUAUUAUCUUGUAUGCUUUGUAUAAUUAGUAUUACAACUGAAAAUUGGUUAAGAGCAACGGCCGUACUCUCAUCACGUCUACAUAAUGAGAUUAAUUAUGGAAUAUUCUCUGGCUGUCUGAAUCGUCAACAAUUAGCAUCGAAAUUGGUAUUUGAUCUUGCUGUGAUCUGCGAUUUCGAUCUUGGCUUUUGUAUGUAUAGCUGCCAACGGAAUGCCACCAUGCGACUCGAUGAACUAAAUCGCAUACAUUCGGGUAUAACCACGAUUCCGUGUGAACAGGCAUAUUCAGCAGAAAGAAUUUUCCGACGAAAAGAAAUUAGCGAAACACCAAAAAUUAAUUCCUUAAAACAAAAUGUCAUGCAAGAGGGAGCUUAUAUACCCGCAUACUGGUGGCUUUGCGUUUUAUUAUCCCUAAUGUUAACACUAAUUUUCGACAUUUGUGCUGUGACAUUUGCACUCAUCAAUCUGUACAAGAACCCUGUAGAACGCAUAUUUAAUAUUUUCGGCUUAUUCAUAUGGAAUGGCGUUGCAUCGGUUUUUGCAUUUUUAGCCGUUGGCCUAUGGACAGCACUCUACUGCCAACAUUUGACACACAAUAUCUCAAUAACCGAUACGCUACGUGCUGAAUUCACAUUCGACUCGAAUGGACGUGCCAAACUCGGUUACUCCGUAUAUCUGCUGCUCUUCGCAGCGCUGCUAAAUGCUUGUAAUUUGGCGGUUUUGUGGUUGCGUCAACGAUUGCUGAAUCGUACAAAUGCGCAGCCAGUAAUGGUGGUGGAAGAAACGAAUAUACCGUUGCAAUUUUAUUAAAAUUAUUUUAGUAUUUAAAUAAACAAGUGAGCGCUGAGUCACGUUUGUUAUUAAUAU